CAAUCCUGCAAUCGGUCCCUCUCUCCAGCAGAGGGAUGAGCCGCUGGGCAGAGAGCCUGAGGGCAUUCCUCGCUCAAGUCGAAGCCAAAGCCGGACAGGAGAAAGAGCUACUGGCAGAGGAGUUCCAGGAAAUCAAAGCCCGGGCGACAGCGUUUCGGCAACAGCAGAGCAUUUCAACAGAGGCUGGUGCCAGCAAGGAGAAUGUCAAGAAGAACCGUUACAAAGACAUCUUGCCAUAUGAUCAGACCAGAGUUGUUCUGAAUUUAUUGACAGAAGAAGGACAGACAGAUUAUAUCAAUGCCAACUUCAUCCAGGGGGUGGAUAACAAGAGAUGCUACAUUGCAACCCAAGGGCCUCUUCGACAUACCGUGCUUGACUUCUGGCGUAUGGUUUGGCAAUACAAGGUCAAGGUGAUUGUCAUGGCCUGCCGUGAAGUGGAAAUGGGCAAGAAAAAAUGUGAGCUUUACUGGCCUUUGACCGAUGAGACUUUGCACCUUGGACCCUUCUCCAUAGCACAGACUAAAGAGCAGGAACUCAAUCCAGAUGUCAUUCUGCGGACACUGACUGUGACUUUUCAGAAGGAGGAACGGACGAUCUCCCAUUUCCAGUACGUGGCUUGGCCAGACCGGGGCAUCCCCGACACCUACGGCUACUUCCUGAACAUGAUUGAACAAGUGAGGUGUAAACAGGGCGAAGACAGCACUCCCAUCAGUGUGCACUGCAGCGCCGGCUGUGGCCGGACAGGUGUGAUCUGCACGUUGGACUAUAUCCGGCAGCUGCUGCUGAAACAGAGAAUCCCUCCCCACUUCAGCAUUUUUGAUGUCGUCCUAGAAAUGAGGAAGCAGAGGCCAGCUGCCGUUCAAACCCAGGAGCAGUACGGGUUUGUAUAUCAUGCGGUAAUUGAAAUGUUCCGGGCUGCCUUGGGUGUCUUCGUCCCAAACUAUGAAAACCUCAAGGAGUCCCUCAAGGAGAGUAUCUCAGUGCCCACCGACCCCACCCCGUCAGCUCUUCCGGAACAACCACCAAAGAUGGGGGAUACUUACGCGGUCGUGAACAAGCUUCGCCGAAGCGGAGGAGUCACUUCUCCUGCUGCAGGAGUAACAUCUGCUGGCGAAGCCCGGCAAGAUGGAAACGCGCCCCUGUAUGCUUCAGUGAAGCCUCGGGCUAGCAACGUCCCUGACUCAAUGAUCGACCCAAACGCUUUUGUGGGAUUGCAAGCCAGCCAUUCACUGCCCGGAAGCCCCAUAAGGAAGCCGCCUCCCAGUGCAGCCUGUGACUACACCUCUGUCAACACAUCCACUCCAGCUGAGCCCGCCUCCAGAGCCACCACUUCCCCAUCUCAUUCCAGCGGACUUGGCAAAACCUUCUUGCGGAAUUUGAUGCCCCCAGUUUUUACUUCAUCACCUGGGAAGAAAGCAGCUCCAACAUCACCCCGAAAUAUCCCUCCACAGGCAUAUGAAGAUUUAGGCGAUCCUGUUCCUCGAGGGGUCCCAAACAUGGUGGGGUCUCCUACCAAUGCAUUGGGGUUUAACUUCCGCAUCGGAAAACCGAAAGGACCGAGAGACCCCCCUGCAGAAUGGAGCCGAGUGUAGGAGGCGCCUGGAAAAGGAGAGGGGAAGAUGGACGCUGCUUCUGCUGAGGAGCUGAACAGAGCGGAUUGCACAGCCGUCGCAUUUACCCCUGUCGUAGGGAGUAGAUGUCCAAUUAGAGAAGGGCCACGUGCCAGGCCAGGGCCGUUGUGGAUGCUUUGGGAGAUGCGACGCCUUGAAAGGAAGAAAAUCCAGAGGCAUGAAACUGGGAAUUCUCCAGCCAAGGAAUCUUGAUUCUUUUUCCCAACUGGGGAGCGGGGUGCGGGACUGAGAGCAGUCUACCUCACUUCAGCAGGUCUUGAGUGGUUCUGGGGUCCCAAAUAUGAGCUUAACUCAAGAACAUUUCCGUCAGCAAACACUGAAACCCAACGCCUGAAAAUUCCAGUGCCAUGCCUCAAAUUAAACACAUUUAUUCUAA